UCAAAGAAUGUUCCCGAAAUUUUUAGUGAUUUAAAAACCGUUGUGAUUGCUAUUGAUGGAGAUUACGACGAAUCCAUGGAGUUUUUGGAAGAUCUUGUGCCUGAUAUAAAGAGGAAUCACAGUGUCUUGGUGUAUUACUUUAAUUGGACUCUUGAAAAGAGGGAUUUGUGUCAUAUCCACUGGCAAUAUGAAUCAAUGAAAGACCUUGUAAUUCAUGAGAAACAUCGUCGGAAGCGCUCGAUAUCAGGAAAUGGGAAUAUUCUAUCGUCUUUUCAAAAUACUUGGUUUAGACGUUCAAUUACCGGCUACAUCCUUGUGUUAUCCCUUAAAAUGCUCAUGAAUACUAUGGAGUGCAUCGUAGAGCCUUUGGGAGUAUAUCUUAUUAUCAUCGAUACCCCAGCCACAGAGAGUGUCCUUGAUAUUGUAAGGGAAAAACUCUUGAUUGGAUGGGCAAUUAAGAGAUCAUACCAAAUCUACGUGAUGCUUCUCAAUGAAACCUUCACUUUGCAUCCAUUUGCCCAGGAUCCAAUGAGAAAUGAUUCCUAUGGGGUUCUCAUGAAUUUUAAUCAAAGACCUCCAAAUAUCCUGAAAGACCUCAAUGGGUAUCCUCUGAGAAUUGAAAUGUUCCACUCUGCAUUCAACUUCGAAAGGAGAGAUCCACAAACAGGAGAAGUAAGAUUCGAAGGAACUGAUGCUGAAGUUAUGAGAUCUCUCAAGGAUUUUAUGAAUUUUUCUGUGAUUUUCCAGGAGCCAGAUGAGGAUUAUUUCGGGUAUAGGCUGCCCAAUGGAAGUUUCACGGGAACUAUUGGUAGGAUUAGCACUGGAAGGAGUGACUUAGCAUUGACAGGGUUCUUCAUCAAGGAUUACUCCAAUCCCGACAUGGACUUUACAAUGCCCGUGUAUCUGGAUGAGUUGUGUUGCGUUGUCCGAAAGGCCAAACAGAUUCCUAAGUACUGGAUCCCCUUGCUCUGCUUUGAUCCUCUAGUUUGGUUAUGCCUCUUCCUCAGUAUCUUCGCAUUAAGUGGAAUUUGGAAUGGUAUUCGUUGGUGCGAGAGUCACAUAUUCCCAAACAGAGAACUUCUCGUUAAGCACUACAAUCUCUCCAAGAGGGUCCUCAACAGCAAAAGAAGUAGUCUGAUGACGCUACAACUCAUCGUAGAUACAACAAUGUUGCUAAUCUCUUCACCUUUGAGACGAAUGACGCGUGUCACGAGUGAGAGAAUCUUCCUUUCCUCCGUACUACUCAUGGGAGUAGUUGUUGUAGCCAUCUUUCAAUCCAAUCUCAGUACAGCCUUCACCCAUCCCAUUUACUACCGCGAUAUCACCAGCCUCCAGGCAUUGGAUAAUGCAAAUCUCCGUAUUACAAUCAAGUACAUAGCCAUGCUGGAUGAUCUCUUUCCCCCAGAAGCUUCAGAAAUCAGCCAACAUUUGCGUCAUAGCAUCAAACUCGUCAACAUCUCGAGUGAGCCUAUGAUAGAAAUGGUGAUGGAGUACCCAAAUCUUGCAACAGUUACCAGAAAAUCCACAAUUCAACUUGAAAAUGCCAAGUAUUUUCACACAGGAGAAGUCUUUAUGGUUCCAGAAUGUCCCAAAAUGUACAAUCUUGCCUAUGUUCUGCGCAGAAACUCAGUUUUAUCCAAAAAUGUGAAUUUUGUCCUACUACACCUAACCAGAGGAGGCUUCCUGGAGAAGUGGAUACAAGACAUGAACUACAACAUGACCUGGCACAAUCGCAAAACUCUCGGAUAUAGUGAAGAAGAAAAAUUUCGCAUCUUCAAUCUCCUUGAUCUCCAAUUACCAUUUUAUGUGCUAUUGAUAGGAAACACCAGCAGCUUCAUAGUACUCCUCGUAGAGAUUUAUCAAACCAAAAGAUCACUAAAAACAAACUGAUUCAUAUUUUCUAAUAAAGCUUUGCAUAGUGAUAAAAGCUCCCUUCUAUGUUCCAAAGUAUCUUUUAAGCUGGCUACUAGACAAAAUUUAUUGCAAUAUUUCUAUUCAAUAUCCAAUAUUGACAAUGAUUGCCUCCACAUUGCAAAGAUUUAUUGACAUAAAAGUUUCAAUAUUGAAGAAAAUUGUCCAGUGUGUAGGCAAUUAUUGCAAUAUUUUUUUCA